AAAUACUACAAAACAUAUUAAAAAAAAAAUGGUCCAUUGACAAAAACAUUAUUAAGCUUUUACACUUCAUCAUAAGGUAGUUUACUUUACACACUUGUAAUUUGUGAUGUUCUUCUUACCUGUAAAUAUGACACAUCAAGCAUCCUCAAUAUGCUUCAACAAUUUUUAUUUUAUUUGUAUGUUCUUACUUUUUGCAGAUCAACUCUAUAAUAAAUACCAUCCUUCUCUUCUUCGCUAAACUCACUCAUAACUAUUCCUCCUUUUCUAAACUCAGCAAUUUUUUCCUUUGUCCAUAUUAUUCUUCUUCAGAGUCUCCAAAUGGCUAGUGUUGAGGUUGAGAAGAUAGUAUCAAACACAGAAGAGAAGACAUCAACCGAGACACCUAAGGAAAUCGUUUAUGCAGAUGAUUCAGCCACCGCGGUUGAAGUUGAAAUCAAAGGAGAAGAAGUACUAAAGGUAGAGAAUGAAACUGAAGAAACCGAGAUAGCUCCGGUUAAAGAGGAGAAACCAGUUGAAAUUCCGGCAGCUAUGGAGGAGAAAGAUGCUAAACCUAUAUAAGGUGAUUUGGAAUGAUUAUUUUAAUAUAAUCAUUGAAGUGGUCUAUGAGACCAUUGAGGUGGUCUUAAGAGAGUUUGGUCAAUAAUAAGAGAGCUUUAUAUCGUUCUUGUAAUCUGAUUUCAUUUAACACAGAAAAAUGUCCUCUUAA